GGAGCUCGGGCGGUGGGUUCUAUGCUGUGAUUGGUUGGGAGCGGCUCUUUCCCCGCGGUGCUCCUCCCUGACUCUCCACCACAUUCAGUCAGUCCAGCACCGGCCGCGGAGGGUCGAGUCUCACCGGGGAGCGUCUUCAAUUUGUCCACAUCGAGCACCGAGCAGCCGCCAUCAUGGCUCUGACCGCCGACGCAAACUUCCAGAAGCUGAAGCAGUGGCACGAGGCGAACGGCGCGAGCCUCAACAUGAGGGCCCUGUUCGAGUCCGACCCGGAGCGCUUCGGCCGGUUCAGCACCACCCUGCAGACGGACGAUGGCAACAUCCUGAUCGAUUAUUCCAAGAACCUGAUCAACCAGGACGUCUUGGCCAUGCUCCUGGCCCUGGCCAAGUCUCGGGGGCUGGAGGAGGCGCGGGAGAGGAUGUUUUCCGGAGAGAAGAUCAACUUCACUGAGGGCCGGGCUGUGCUCCACGUCGCUCUGAGGAACCGCUCCAAUACGCCGAUGCUCGUCGACAGCAAAGACGUGAUGCCCGAGGUCAACAGGGUGCUCGACAAGAUGAAGGCGUUCUGCCAGAGAGUUCGCAGUGGUGAGUGGAAAGGCUUCAGCGGGAAGAGCAUCACUGACGUGGUGAACAUCGGCAUCGGAGGCUCCGACCUGGGCCCUCUGAUGGUGACGGAGGCUCUGAAGCCAUACUCGGCGGGAGGACCGGACGUUUGGUUCGUUUCCAACAUCGACGGGACUCACCUGGCCAAGACGCUCGCCAAGCUGAACCCCGAGACCACCCUGUUCAUCAUUGCCUCCAAGACCUUCACCACCCAGGAGACCAUCACCAACGCCGAGUCCGCCAAAGACUGGUUCCUGCAGACCGCCGCCGACAAAUCUGCUGUGGCCAAACACUUUGUGGCUCUGUCCACCAACUCAGCUAAGGUGAAGGACUUCGGCAUCGACACGGCAAACAUGUUCGAGUUCUGGGACUGGGUCGGAGGUCGCUACUCGCUGUGGUCGGCCAUCGGUCUGUCCAUCGCUCUGCACGUAGGCUUCGAGAACUUCGAGCAGCUUCUCUCCGGAGCUCACUGGAUGGACAACCAUUUCCGCAGUGCCCCCCUGGAGCAGAACGCCCCCGUGCUACUCGCCAUGCUCGGCGUCUGGUACAUCAACUUCUUCCAGGCAGAGACCCACGCCAUGCUUCCCUACGACCAGUACAUGCACCGCUUCGCCGCCUACUUCCAGCAGGGCGACAUGGAGUCCAAUGGGAAGUACAUCACCAAAGAUGGCGCCCGCGUCAACUACCACACUGGACCAAUCGUGUGGGGCGAGCCGGGGACCAAUGGGCAGCACGCCUUCUACCAGCUCAUCCACCAAGGCACUCGUAUGAUUCCUGCUGACUUCCUCAUUCCUGCUCAGUCUCAGCAUCCAAUCAGAAACAACCUCCACCACAAGAUCCUGGUGGCAAACUUCCUGGCUCAGACCGAAGCGCUGAUGAAGGGAAAGACUCCGGACGAGGCUCGGAAAGAGCUGGAGGCCGCCGGCAUGUCGGGAGACGCUCUGGAGAAGCUGCUGCCACACAAGGUGUUUCUGGGGAACAAGCCGAGCAACUCGAUCGUUUUCAAGAAGCUCACCCCGUUCAUACUGGGAGCUCUGGUCGCCAUGUACGAGCACAAGAUCUUCGUCCAGGGCGUCAUGUGGGACAUCAACAGCUACGACCAGUGGGGGGUGGAGCUCGGGAAGCAGCUCGCCAAGAAGAUCGAGCCGGAGCUGAAGGACGACUCGGAGGUGACCUCCCACGACUCGUCCACCAACGGCCUCAUCAACUUCCUGAAGAAGAACUUCGCCUGAACGUCGAGCCCACGUUAGCCGACCUCAUCCUCAUCCUCCACCCUGAUUGGCUGAAUGAUGUUUGUCUUGUCGUACACUGUGAGCACUUCCUGUCUGUGAUCUGUGUGCUAAGAGUCUUCACGUAUAGACGAGUCCUGAAAACGUACACGUCUGUGUAGGUGACCAUGCCCAGUCAACUGUGACUUUCAAAAUAAAACCCUGUUUGUCACCAA